CUAGGUGGGGCAGGGGGUGUGGCGCCGGCGGCAUCGGAGCGUGCGCAGGCGCGGAGGAGCCCCAAGACUCAUGGCGGAGAUGGACCUGGUCGCCGAGUUUCCCCAGCCCUCCGGUGUUGCACGCUGGGCCGAGGUUAUGGCUCGCUUUGCCGCGGGGCUGGGUGCGCAGGGCAGAAGAGUGGUGUUGGUCACGUCCGGCGGCACCAAAGUCCCACUGGAAGCCCGGCCAGUGCGCUUCCUGGACAACUUCAGCAGCGGGCGACGCGGUGCAUCCUCGGCGGAGGCCUUCCUGGCUGCGGGCUACGGGGUCCUGUUCUUGUACCGCGCUCGCUCCGCCUUUCCUUUUGCCCACCGCUUCCCUCCCCAGACCUGGCUGUCAGCUUUGCGGCCCUCAGGGCCAUCUCCUUCGGGCUUACUGAGCCUGGAGGCUGAGGAGAAUGCGCUUCCGGGCUUCGCUGUGGCUCUGCGGAGCUACCAGGAGGCUGCGGCAGCCGGCACCUUCCUGGCCGUGGAGUUCACCACUUUGGCGGACUAUUUGCAUCUUUUGCAGGCUGCUGCCCAGGCGCUCAAUCCGCUAGGCUCUUCUGCGAUGUUUUACUUGGCUGCGGCCGUGUCAGAUUUUUAUAUUCCUGUCUCUGAAAUGCCUGAACACAAGAUCCUGUCAUCUGGGGGCGCACUGCAGAUAACAAUGAAGAUGGUGCCAAAAAUGCUUUCUCCUUUGGUUAAAGACUGGGCUCCCAAAGCAUUUGUAAUAUCUUUUAAGUUGGAGACUGACCCCUCCAUUGUAAUUGAUCGUGCACGGAAUGCUUUGGAAGUUUAUCGACAUCAAGUGGUGGUGGCUAAUAUCCUUGAGUCACGAAGGUCCUUUGUGGUUAUCAUAACCAAAGACUCAGAAACUAAGUUAUUGCUAUCAGAGAAAGAAAUAGAAAAAGGCGUAGAGAUAGAACAGAAGAUAGUGGUUGAUCUUCAGUCUCGACACACAGCUUUUAUACAAGACCAAAACUGAAAGAUCAAAAAAAUAUAGGAUCAGGGCUCUUACAGAUAGUGAGAACUAGAAUAAAUCCUUUGCUUUUUCAUAAAGAUAGAGAAAAUGAAGGGAAAAAGCAGUGAGUGUAGGCAAAUAUGGUUUGAUAUUUGUCUUUUAAAAGGUCAUUUCAUACUCAUUAAAAAUGGAAACAAAAGCAAAGCAGUUAUGACACACUUGCCCGAAUGUCAUCUUGAUUUUGAAAAUGAACACGAGCUGUUUCUCAUCUUUAAAAAGAGUAUUGGGAGUUAUGUUCUUCGAUAUAUACAUGUGGGGCAUGAAUAUCAACCUUCACACUACUAAAUGGAUUAUGGAUGCAAGAAUGGCCAUGCUUUGAAGAUCAAAUGUUUGUUGAUGCCUAUUAUGUGGUCAGCUCUGAUGAUUAUGAGGAUUAAAAAGAUGAAUAAACAUGUCUAGUUUGGGAAAUGGAUAUAUAAAAAAUUAAGUGCAAUAAAGUCUGUGCCCAAAAGCUAAA